AUGUUCUCUCGCUCUGUCACCCGUGCGGCGCGCAACGUUCGCGUCGCUCCCGUGGUUGCCCGAUCUGUUCGUCCCUUCACCAAUAGUGUCCGCCAGAGUGAGCCAGUCCCAGAGGUAGUCGCUGCGACGGAGGUCAAGCACUCGUCCUACGCAGCUGGCUCCGUCGAGAGAUCAACUAUCAAGGUUGAUCAGAGCGCCGUCGAGUCUUCUGGUCCCCUCAACCACACCACCUACAGCUCCCUUCCCCCUACUAUGCAAAAGUAUGCCUUGGUCAACAAGGUCGUCGUCGUUACUGGUGGCGCCCGUGGACUCGGAUACAACAUGGCCCAGGCCUGCAUCGAGGCUGGCGCAAAGGCGUUGAUCAUUCUCGACGCGAACUCUCAGACCGGAGAGGAAGCAGUCGCAUCUUUACACAAGUUCGCCGGCCUGACUGUCCCCGUGGCCUUCUUCAACGUUGACGUUCGGGAUGAGAACGCUAUCAACGAGUCCAUCAACGCGGUCGUGCAGGCCUAUGGUGUACCCGAUGUUCUGAUCAACUCUGCCGGAAUUGCCGACUCCAACAUCCCUGCCGAGAAGUACGAUACUACAAUGUUCAGACGUCUGAUCGACAUCAACCUCAACGGCACCUUCCUGAUGGCCCAGGCCGUCGGCAAGCACAUGAUCGAGGCGAAAAAGGGCGGCUCCAUGGUCUUCAUCGCCUCCAUGUCCGGAGGCAUCGUCAACUACCCCCAAGAGCAGAGCUGCUACAACGCCUCCAAGGCGGGUGUCAUCCAGCUCGGCAAGUCGCUCGCCGCCGAGUGGGCCAAGUUCGGCAUCCGCGUCAACAUGAUCUCCCCCGGCUACAUGGACACCGCCCUCAACAACGUCCCCGCCCUCGACGCCCAGAAGAAGAUCUGGAAGUCGCUCACCCCGCAGAACCGCCUCGGUGCCGUCGACGACCUCAACGGUCUCGCCGUCCUCCUGGCGUCCGACGCCUCCGCCUUCAUGACGGGCUCCAACGUCAUCAUUGACGGCGGCUACACCUUGUACUGA